AUGGUGUCUCUCUCUGGACUCUGGACCUGCUGCCUCGCCCCGGGGAGAACUCAUCUCCUUCUCUCCGCCAGACCGCUCCUGCUGCUUCUCCUAUUAACCGCCUUCACCUCCUCGGAGCCCUGCUUCCCUCACCCCCAGCCCUGCCACAUCCUCGCCCGGAUAGGACACACCGUGCGCCUCGGCGCGCUCUUGCCGACCCGCCAGCCGGCACGGAUACAAAACGCGCUCAACCGCGCCCUGGCGAGCCUCCGGCACCAAAGCGGUGGUUCAGACGCCUCCACCACCACCACCACCACCUCCCAGCCCCCUCCUCUGCUGCCCUACAACCUGAGUCUGGAGAUGGUGGCUCGAUCUCCCGCGGGAGGAGACCCGGAGUCGUUGUCCCGUAGUGCCUGCCAGGACCUGGUGGUCAGGGGUGUGUCAGCCGUGCUCGCCUUCCCCCGCUCCCGGGAGGAGCUGAUCCAGGUGGAGUUCCUCUCCUCUUUCCUGGAGAUCCCCUUCAUCUCCAUCCUGGAGGACACAGAGCCGCUUGUGACUAAGAACCAGUUCCACCUGCAGAUGUCGGCCCGUGUGCCUCCGUCGACCCUGGGCAGCUUGCUGCUGGCAGUCCUGCAGGGGGGAGAGGGGGACAGGGACCGGGGGAGCCGGGGUGAAGGCAGCUGGGGAGGAGCCGCUGUGGUCUGCCCCGGUUGGGACGAAGGCGGCGACGGGUUGCUGGCUCACCUGCAGAGGCACAGCGGUUCUACCUGGCAUUUGUGGGACAUCAUCAACCUGACUCGCAUAACGGGGGGCAGAGAUAGGAGAGGGGAGGCCAGCGAGGAGAGAAGGGAGGAUCAGAUGGAGGAGGAGGCUUUGAAGGUCAUCUCCACUCGUUUCCUGCGCUCCCCCUCUCCUAUCUCCUCCGUCCUCCUCCUGGGAUCCGACCCCGAGUGUCUCUCCUCCGUCCUGCGGGCUGCUCAGCGCCUCGCCCCGUCGCUGCCGGCGCUGCAGUGGAUCAUGGGAUACCCCUUGUCUCCAGAUUCGCUGCACACUCUCGGAGGCCCCCUCGGGCUGCUGGCCUACGGGGAGGUCGGCCGCAAGCCAAUCAGCUUCUACAUACGGGAUGCUUUGCAGCUGAUUGGCCGAGCGGUGUCUGCGGCGACCAUGGUGAGGCCGGACCUGGCGCUGAUUCAGAACAUGGUGAAUUGUUAUGACAAGCCCAACCGACAUGAGCUGCCGUCUUCAGGACAAUACAUUGCCAGGUUUCUCUCCAACACUUCCUUCACCGGGGCCACAGGCCUGAUCCAGGUGGACGCCAGCGUCUCUCGGGUCCUCUCCUCGCAGCUGUUCCACGUGUGGAGCCUGAAGAGAGGCGCUCUGGGGCAGCCGGCCUGGGUUACUGUCGGCCAGUGGACCCGAGGCCGACUGGAGCUGGAGGGGGGCGUCCUGGGACUGGUGGGAGGGCUCGGGAGCAGCCAGGGGCAAGGCCUCGGAGCCGGGGUGAGGGGAGGGGACGGCCAGGGGGACAGCAGCGCCGGGGGUCGCUGGAGGCCCGGGAUGUCCGUUGAGGGACACCGCCUCAGGGUGGUGACGCUGGUGGAGCACCCGUUUGUCUUCACGCGGGAGGUGGAUGAGGACGGAUUGUGUCCGGCUGGUCAGCUCUGUCUGGAUCCCAGAACCAACAGGUCCGACAUCAUACAGGGCCUCUUCAACCAGCUGCACAACCCAAACAGUACAACAACGGACUGGGAGGGCAACGACCUGCCGGAGGACCUGAGAAAGUGCUGCUACGGCUACUGCAUCGACCUGCUGGAGAAGCUGGCCGAAGACAUGGGCUUCACCUUUGACCUUUACAUUGUUGGAGACGGGAAGUACGGGGCUUUGAGCGGGACGGGACGCUGGACGGGACUCGUCGGGGACCUCCUGAGUGGAACCGCUGACAUGGCCGUGACCUCUUUUUCCAUCAACUCUGCCAGGAGCAGAGUCAUAGAUUUCACCUCGCCCUUCUACUCCACCAGCCUGGGCAUUCUGGUUCGCAGCCGGGACACCGCCGCUCCCAUCGGGGCCUUCAUGUGGCCCCUGCACUGGUCCAUGUGGGUGGGCAUCUUCGUCACGCUGCAUCUCACGGCGCUCUUCCUCACCCUGUACGAGUGGAACAGCCCCUUCGGCAUGACGCCGCACGGCAGGAACAGGCUGCGUGUGUUCUCCUACUCCUCCGCCCUCAACCUCUGCUACGCCAUAUUGUUCGGACGCACCGUCGCCACCAAGACUCCUAAAUGCUGGACGGGGCGCUUCCUCAUGAACCUCUGGGCCAUCUUCUGCUUACUGGUGCUGUCGAGCUACACCGCAAACCUGGCUGCAGUCAUGGUCGGGGAGAAGACCUUCGAGCAAGUUUCAGGGAUUCACGACGACAAGCUGCACCAUCCCUCCCUGGGUUUCCGUUUUGGGACGGUGAGGGAGAGCAGCGCCGAGGACUACAUGAAGAAGAGCUUCCCGGAGAUGCACGACUACAUGAGGCGCUUCAACCAGCCCACGACCCCGGAGGGCGUGCACAUGUUAAAGACAGAUCCUCCUACCCUGGAUGCGUUCAUCAUGGAUAAAGCCCUGUUGGACUUUGAGGUCUCCAUCGACGCAGACUGCAAACUGCUCACCGUGGGGAAGCCGUUCGCCAUUGAAG